UGGUCUUCCAAGAUGGCCGCGCCCUGGAGCACAGUGGUGCAGUAGCGACUGAUAGAGUUGUGCAAGCGCGUUUAAAUGACAGUUGAGGAGCAGCAGGUCGCGACUGACAUCUCCAGAGAGAGACAGAGGAGCGUCUGAUAAAGCCUGACACUUCCUCAGCGCCGCCGACAUGAGCAAGGACGAUUUAAUACUCCCAAAGGACUUCCCUCAGCUGCAGAACGACACAUUCCUGCGAGCGGCGCGAGGAGAAGAAACUGAACAUGUCCCCGUCUGGUGCAUGAGACAGGCUGGAAGAUAUCUGCCAGAGUUUCGUGAGUCCAGGGCGGGAAAGGACUUCUUCGAGACAUGUCGGUCCCCGGCGGCCUGCUGUGAGCUCACUCUGCAGCCUCUGAGACGUUUCCCCUUCGAUGCUGCCAUUAUCUUCUCUGACAUCCUGGUCGUCCCACAGGCCAUGGGUAUGGACGUCCAGAUGGUGCCAGGUAAAGGUCCUACAUUCCCGGAGCCCCUGAAGGAGCCAGAAGACCUGCAGAGGCUGCGCGUCAAAGUGGACGUGGACAAGGAGCUGGGCUACGUCUUCAAAGCCAUCACACUGACCAGACACAAGAUCGAGGGCAAAGUGCCGCUCAUAGGAUUCACUGGAGCUCCGUGGACGCUGAUGUCCUACAUGAUAGAGGGCGGAGGCUCCAACACCCACUCCAAGGCCAAGCGCUGGCUGUACCGACACCCGGAGGCCAGUCACAUGCUGCUGAAGAUGCUGACAGACGUGAUAGUGGAGUAUCUGCUGGGACAGGUGGCAGCUGGAGCUCAGGCUCUGCAGGUGUUUGAGUCCCACGCCGGGAUCCUGGGCCCCGCUGAGUUUAAAGAGUUCUCUCUGCCGUACCUCCGAGACAUCGCUCGCCGCGUCAAAGACAAACUGAAGGAGGCGGGAAAGGAUGUUCCCAUGAUUGCGUUUGCAAAGGACGCUCACUACGGAUUGGAGGAUCUCUCUCAGUCUCACUAUGAGGUAGUCGGGCUGGACUGGACCAUUGACCCACGAUCAGCAAGGGAGCGCACAGGAGGGAAGGUCAGCCUGCAGGGAAACAUGGACCCUUGUGCUCUCUACGCUCCAAAGGAGCGCAUCUCAGACAUCGUGAAGAAGAUGCUGGAGGGCUUCGGCACGAGGGGCUACAUUGCCAACCUGGGCCACGGCCUUUACCCCGACAUGGACCCGGAGAACGUGGGCGCCUUCGUCAAAGCUGUGCACCAGCACUCUAAACAGAUGAUCAAACAAAUGUAGAGAGAGAGAGACACCCGUCUGUGUGAGGGAGUGUGUUGGCCAAAAAAAUAAUGUUGAUUGUGAUGGAAGAAGAAAAUGUACAAUAAUGCAAUAUUUUAUUAAAAACUAUUAAAAGCGGUAAGCUUUGGUGUUUGAAUACAAAAGGGCAUCAUCAAAAGGAAAUAUUAUCCUGCAAGAGGCCAAGGAGAAAAACAACAACAUUGCUUUAAUAUUGUGACACAAAAAAAUAUCAAAAUCAAACAUAAAUUCGUAGAUUUGCUGCAUAAACAACAUGUUGGUUUUCUAAGACAAGAUCUAUAAUGUGUUGAUCUGACCAGGAGUGGAUUAUGUAUUUGGAUUUGAACGGGAUGAACUCAUUCUUACAAGUACAUGUACAUUAUAAAUGCAUUUUAAGUGGUAUGGGAUUGUAUUUUUCAUUGUUAUUGGAUAUAUUCAAAAAUGCAGCUUCGACUUGAUGGAAAAAUAUUCUCUUAGAUAUUAGUUAUCCAAUCAAACUCACGGUGAUGUGACGUUAGAAAUACAAACCGAGACAAACCUCUAUCACCUCUUUGUAGCCGUAAACCUCUUCAAUCAAAACUGGGCUCUUCAUCAGUGCGAGUAGUUUCUGUCUCAAAGGCUCUUGAAGAGAAAAACAAAAUGCUGUUAAAAAGCUGGUGACUUGGAAAGAGUUUCAGUUUUAAGGGGAAAAUGUCAGUAGCUCAAUGAUUCCUCCAUCUAACGUUGAACGAAUCGUUUUAUUUUGACUCCUGUGGAUAGAAAAUCUUCUGAGAAAUACACACGAGAAGAUGAGAAGGAUGCUGUUUUUGUCUUUUACCCUAAAUCUGUCUUUGUCUGUUUUAUUUCAUCAACUCAGACUUGUACAACAAGUGGCUUAAGCAGUGAAUCACAGUGUAAUCACAGAGGCUGUGUGUGAGAGAAUAUUAAAAACCUACACAUUCA